AUGAUGAAUAAAUGUAUGGUGGGAUAUUAUUCUCGAGCAAUUGAUUCACACAUUGAAGCUCUCGGGCAUUGGUACGAUAAGCUACCCGAGUUGAUAAACUUUGACGAAACAGAUUACAGUUCUGAUGAUGAAACGCCAGCAACGAGAUCAAGGGAAAUUGAAUCGAACAAGCUGAAGUGUUUGGCUCUAUUCCUCUUGGCAAAUGUUUCAUUCAUCAAUUCCAUUGUGGAUUCCAGUGUUUUUAAGGCACUGUGCAUAUCCUUCUUCGAUAAAAAUUAUCACCUUCCAUAUGAACCAAUAUUUAUAUUCAACUACCUAAUAGAAACAUUCAAGCCAAAUUUGGACUACUCUGAUCCAUUUACUACACCACUGAAGAGAGGAGAGUACAUAUUUAGGCUUUUGAGGUACGGUUUACCGAGACUUAUUUUUUUUAGGGCCUUGAAAACGUUAAAAGGCAGCCAUGAUAUAAUCACAAUGAAAAUUUGGUGUGAGUUCUUCGACACGAAGGACAGCUUAUGGAAAUGCGUUGAUUUUGCAACGCCAAAGUUCGACAUGGAUGUGUACAAAUAUAAAGAGUCCUCAUCAUACCUUGAAAAGCUAUCGAAGAGAAAUGAAGAAAAAAAAGAAAAUGAUGAUAAAAAUGAUGAUAGAGACUUAGAAGUUGAAAUGGAGUUCAAGAAGGAGUAUAACAACUACUUGUACAUUCACAGGAGCAAUAAGAUGUUCGUGUACAGAAACCUCGAAAGGCCUGAGGCAGUCUGUAUAGUGGUCUUCCCUAAGUACACCUACAGACUGAGCAGGAUGUUGCAAGUAAGGGAGUACCCCUUUGAGAGCUCGAGGAGGAUCGAAAGACUUAAGGAGAGCUUUUCAGAAAAAGGCCCGAAUACGCUGAAGCACAGAAAACUAAUGAGGAGCCCUUCAAGGAAGGUUUUCAUAUUAAGUUGUAACAUAGGAGGCAUGGUGUCAGAGGUGACUUCUAAGUACCUUCACAAGGACUUGUCGUAUUUGAGGUCGAGCUCAUUCAUAAAGUGGUUUAACGACCUCUUGCUUCGUUUAAACCAGAGAAGUAUUCAAUCGCACAUGUACGGCAGUCUCAAAAAUAAGGAUACAAACGGGAAUAGAGACCUGACGACCAGCAACAUAGACAUACUCAACGCAAAUCUGCUCGAAAAUGUCGACAGUAGGUUUAUAAAAAAUCUCGUCAGCAGUUUUCCGAUCCCAACCAAGAAAACGCACUUCGUCAAUCAUCCAAUAUACGUGCUUAAAUCCCAGGCAAACAUGACACUUCAGAUUAAAAGGGCGUGUAUAUUGAAGAAAGGAAGCCUGCCAGUGUCCAGUUUUGAUGACGAACUGGUUUACCUAAAGUCCGACGUGGAAGAAAUGAAAACAAGAUUUGGGUGGUUCAAGGAAAACCGGCAGGUCAAGCCUGAUUCCGAGCCUGUUCUUCUACACACUGAAUUCCGCAAUAAAAAAUUUGAAUAUUAUUCAAUGGAUCAAACUGAGCCUUUGAAACAGGAUAACAUAGACGAACUUGACAGUUUUACAGUUAAUUUGUCAGGAAAGAGAUAUGUUCCUGAGAACAGCGUGUACAUCAGAAGUAAACACUAUGAACAUUUGGAGACCAUUUGCCACAAACACAAGAUAUUUUUCAAGAGGGCCUAUUCCUCACUACACUACGAAGAUGGUUCACUUAAGCCUAAAAUAGACGGAAUACUAAUUCGUUCUGAUCAACUUGAGUCAUUUCUGGGAAUAUAUGACGAAGAGGUUAAUUACAUUGUUCACGGGCAACUCGAUGAUGAAGUGGCUAAAAGUUGUAAGUUUUGGAAAAACGUUUUUAAAACUCUGUUAAACUCUCCGCCUGUUAAUAAAGCCGAGUCAGUGGCCACCUUAAAAAAGAACAUUCAACAACACACAUCUACAUUUUUAAAUCAGUUAAUAUAA